GCGGCGCGGGGCUGUGCGGGGGUCGUGUGGGGCUGAGGGACAGUGGCACAUGGUGCCCAGCAAGGGCCGCACCGGCCGGGGCCCGCGGGCCGCGCCCGCACCGGUUAAUAAUUGUGGUCUUCAGCUGGUUAUCCAGACCUCAUCAAUACCAGAUAAGAGCAAACCAUUUGAAUUCAGGAUAAAUAAAGAACCGUCAUCUUUCCACAACAGACUUCUGCAGCAUGAUCUGGAAAAAAACUAUUCAGGAAGACAAGAUAACACAAAUUUUGGGAGCAGUUCAUCAAUAACAUUUCCUGUGUUGCAACGCACUGCUGAAGAAAAAAUCCUGAACUCUGAUAGACUUACCCUGGAAAGGCAAAAACUGACAGUGUGCCCAGUUAUUGAUGGGGAAGAUCAUCUUCGUCUUUUGAAUUUCCAACAUAACUUUAUAACUCGGAUCCAAAAUAUUUCUAAUCUUCACCACCUUGUUUUCUUAGAUUUAUAUGAUAAUCAGAUCGAGGAAAUAAGUGGGGUUUCAACUUUGAGAUCCCUGAGAGUCCUUUUGUUGGGAAAGAACAGAAUAAAGAAGAUCUCAAAUCUGGAGAACCUAAAAAACCUUGAUGUUUUAGAUCUCCAUGGAAAUCAGAUUACUAAAAUAGAGAACAUCGGUCAUUUGAGUGAGCUGAGGGUGUUAAACCUUGCCAGAAACCUACUGACCAUUGUAGAAAACCUGAAUGGACUGGAUUCCCUCACAGAGCUCAACCUUCGUCAUAAUCAAGUCUCUGCUAUAAAAGAUGUGGAUACUUUGCCCUGUCUCCAGCGUCUCUUCCUCAGCUUCAACAAUAUAUCUAGUUUUGAGGAUAUUCUGUGCCUUGCUGAUUCCUCAUCUUUGUCAGAUAUCACCCUUGAUGGCAAUCCAAUAGCUCAGGAGACAUGGUACAAACACACUGUUCUCCAUCAUAUGAUGCAGCUCCGACAGCUAGAUAUGAAGAGAAUCACAGAAGAAGAAAGACGUAUGGCCUCUGUUGCAGCAAGGAAAGAGGAAGAAAGGAAGCGUGAAAGCCACAGACAGACCUUGCUUAAGGAAAAGAAGCGGUUAACGAUUUGUAACAUUGCUCGUCAGUGGGAGAUCCAGCAGAACAGAACAGCCCUUGAGGCUUCUUUAAACCAGGAUAAGGACAAUGAGCCCUGUCAGAUCAAUGGCAGUGCUGCAUAUGUAUUUCCUGAGGAAAGCAGGUCUCUUGAUGCAAUUCUGAGCAGUGCAGUACAAGGCUUGUCUGUUCUAGAGUCUCAUUUAGUGGAAGUGGAAGGGGACACUCUUGGCCUGUAUGGUGCAGGAGCACUGGAGUGCCUGGAUCGGAACUGGAGUGUUCAAACAGCUGGAAUUAUUGUCACAGUCUCCUUUAUGUUCAUAGAAUUUGAUGAAAUUGUUCAAGUGUUGGCAAAACUGAAGAUGAAAUUCCCUAAUUGUGUGCACCUGAAGUUCAAGGAGACAAACCUGGUGGCGCUGCAGCAGUUCAACGCCCUGGCCGAGAUGCAUCGCGUGGAGCAGCUGACGGUCGAUCCUCAGGGAAACCCGGUUGUGAACUUCACCCUGUGGAAAUACUAUGUGCUGUUCAGGCUGAACCAUUUCAGUCUGCAGAAGAUAAAUGGAGUGAAGGUCACUGAAGAUGAUGUUGUAAAGGCAGAAAGGCUCUUUGGCAUCCUGGCAUAUGUAGCAUCUUCUGAGCUGCCACAUUAUCGUGUACUUUCAUUAUUUGGAGAAUCCAGGAGGAAGCAAUUCCAUUAUCUGCUAGAGGGAAAGGGCAAGAAAUCUGGGGUUGGGAGUGAGGAAAGUAGUGAUAACAGAAGAAAUGGAGGGGAAAGCACAACUCGAGCAACAUUGAAUUACAUGACAAAGGACUUCCAUAUGGAAAAGCUUGAGGAAAUCAAGGAAAGGAAAACAUUUUGCCGGACAUACGUGGAGAACUUGGUGAAAGAGGCAGCUGACAUCAACCUGAAGAACGAGUCGCUGCAGAAGCUCUGGCCUCAGAUGUUCAUCGAGCUCGUCAGGGAUGCAGUGAUAGAAAUCCGCAAUAAAAAUUCCUACAUGAAGCUCUGCUUGCAGAGGAUCACUGAGCAAAAACAGUAGAGCCAAGGAGUGUUGCCUUGCAAGCUUUUGGGAUCAGAAUUCCGUCCUGUUUUACAAACUUCAUCCAGUAGAAUAUAAAAUUACCAUCACUAUGGCACACUUCACCUCCCCACCCAGAGGGAUGCCUUUAAAUCUUAAUCAACUGUCAGUAAUUUUGAAAUACAAGUUUACUUUCAUACUGCUUCAACAAUGCUUCCUUGGCCAACUAAAGCAGUGAAAUAGCAUUGGUGAGGUAACUCGGUGAUUGUCGUGUUUUACUAAGUUAUUGUUUAUUUUUUUUCUGCUACCCUUGAUUCUGUAGUGCUGCAGCAUUGAUUUUUGAGGAACAAAUUUACAAUGCUUGCCUUAUUUUUUUAUUGAACACUUUUCAAUUGUCACCUUUUUGACUGCUGCUGUUUAGGAAAAAAAAAAAAUCAAAAAUAGUAGCUGAUUUUUUUAUGACCAAAAGCUAAUAAAUUAUUUUUACACCCUAAACUCGAUGAAGACUUAUUAUUGUUGCUUAACCUGUGAGAUUAUAGAACACUUUUUCACAUCAGUGUCAUGAGUGCUCAGCAUAUUGACAUUUAAUGAGCCUGAUUCUCAACUGAACAAAUUGCCCAAACUUGAUUUCAAAUGUUUUUCAUUAAUUUCACUAAUAAGUUUGUGUGAAUUAUUAUAGGUAAAAUAUGAACUCAAGGUAGCUCACUUAAGCUUUAUUUUUGUUGUGUUAAAAUAUGUUAAUAUAAUUUAUUUUGUUUCUUGAUUACUAAGUUAUUUACUUCUGAAGUUUGCCAAGAUCAAAUGAGCUAAAGUGCAUGCAUUACAUUUGGUAAAGAGAUUGAUGACUACUAUUGAGUUGUAAUUCAUUUCUGUGUGACUGUGUGAAAUUUCAUAUUAUCAAUAAAAAUAAAUUCUUCAAUUUUACCCUUCA